GGUAGUUCGCCUCAGCCUGAGAGAGAAAUUCAAAAUAAUUUCAUGUAACUUUGCUGUUAAAAAUGUCGAACACCGGACUCCAGGGUUUUCGGAGCUUUAUAACGGAGCGGUUUACCGCCGUGGCUGUGGAGAUACUCGCAGAAGUUGAAACUCUUGUGGACGCGUAUUACGAGGAAAACAAACGUCUGCGGAAUGUGCUUCACAUGGUGUUGAACCCCGAGAUAAAGUUACCGAGGAUAGAUGUAAAUGAAUACACCAAAACAACCACAGAUGUCAGAGAGCAGCCCUCUGAGCCGAACACUGAGGUGGACGUGGCAAUGUCAGAGCCGCUGCCUAAAAAACCUAAAGAAGAGCAAAUUGAAUGGGACAUAAGUUGUGGAUCAGAACAACUAGAAGAACAGGGGGGAGCUGACAACACAGUUACCACAGACUAUGUGAAAAAUGACCCAGAUGAAGAAGAGAUAAACCUAUCCUGCAUUACUGACUUGUACCGGAUUCAGGUGGUGGAUUACAACCCCACUCCUUCAGCUACUUUCUCAGCUGAGGAAGUGAAUGAUGAACGUGAGGACAGCUGCUCUUUGGACUCAGAUACAGUCACAGAUUGCCCACAGUCCAGAAGUGAAGAAAGUGCAAGUGAGGAACCUCAAAAACAUAAGAAAAUGUCAAAGAAGAAGUCAAAGAAGUGCCUGCAGAAAACCAUGGUAGAAUUACCACGGAUGGUGCCUUACAAAUCUGCAAUUGCUGCACCAACUGACUGCCAGUCCUUUUUGGCAAGGCUCACUGAAGCCUUUAAGGAUGUUCCCGAUGACAAGAAGCCUCUGAUAACCAAAAUGGGCCUCACAGCGGAUGUGGAAUUGGUGGACUGUACUUUUGGUAAAGUCCCUAAAGGUUGCCCCCUGUCCUACCAGUGCCCUGUGCCACUGAGUAAGGAUUACAAUACGCACGAGGACGCUCCUCCUCGACCGCUUCUUCCCCUGAGUUAUCACAAACUAAAGCCAAUGUCAGCUCUUCCUACGCUCAGUGCUAAGGAGCAGGAACAUGUGAGUGCCAUGCAGGUCACCUGGGAGGCAGCAUACAGUCUGGAGCUCUCUACACGUGGAUGCAAGAAGUCUGCAGAGCAGCAGCGGAAAUUGCGCUUGACCAGCCAUGUCAGGGAUAUCUGCAAACUUAAACCAGGACGGGGCUAUGCGGAACACCUGAUAUGUAAAAUACGGAAGGAAUUCUCCAGGUGCAAGAGAGCAAUGACAGAAGAGGAAAUGAAGACUGAAGCCCUUCAGAAAUACUGUCAGCAUUUGUGUGUCAACUGGUCACCCAGUGGUUUUGUUGUCCAUCCGAAUGCUCCAUGGUUUGGGGUCCUGCCUGACGGCGUGGUGUACGACCCCAAUGAGAAGCGCAGUUUCGGGUUGGUGCAUGUCAAAUGUAUCAGCUCCCGAAGCUUCAUCGACUGUGGGUUCCUGGUCUGCCGGGAAGGAGUCUUGAAACUGAAGACGACCCACUCGUACUACUGGCACAUCCAAGCAGAGAUGAUGGUGACAGGCACGUCGUGGUGUGAUCUGUUUGUCUUCUCCAGAGAAGACAUACUGGUUCAACGCAUCUACCGGGACAAAGCUAUCAUGAAGGUCAUGAAGAAGAAGUUGCCUGAUUUCUUUUUCCAUUACUACCUGCCAAGUCUCGUGUACACUGCUGUCAAAGCUUGAGUAUUGACUGCUGUCAUACACUACAUGCUGUUCCUCUCAGGUGGUUGACUGUGAUUUUUAACAGAUUGUAAACGACUUGAAUGUAGUACAUUUUUUACCACUAAUAUUCUACUGGCAUUAUUAAAUAUGUAAGUUUUAUUAUUAGUUUCACAAAGUCAAGAGUAAGAGAUCCUUGAGACAAUUAGAAAAUGAAGUUUGAGUUUUUAUGUGUACCCCUCGUGCUUCUCUCCAAAGACGGCCUGCUCAUGGGCUGCAUGUACUGUAAAGAUUAUUUUCAUUAUUGACAAAUCCGCUUUCAAAUACGCAAUUAUUUGAUUAAUCAUUUAGUCAGCCGAUUUCCCAGAACCCUACCUCAGACUGAUAAUAUCUGAAGAGUUUCAGUUUACUAUCAGAAACCAGAAAGCAUACACAUUUGAGAAGCUGGAAGAAGGUGAUAUUUAUCCUUAUUGUAAGUAAUGACUGAAAUGAUUGAUCCAUUACCAAAGUUGCUUCAGAUUAAUUUUCUGUAGAUCAACUGAUCAACUAAUGUUUCAGCGAGCGUUCUUUCUCAUGUUGGUUGGGUGAUGUUCAGUCGAGUUUCUGUAUAAGAACUACCACAGGUUCAAACACUAACACAAGUGGGAAAUUUCAAGUUACUACUAAAGCAGAAUAAAUUCCACUGAUAAUUUUACUGUUGUCCUGAAUCAGACCACAACUUUAUGCAGAAGGUUUGAAUAUUCCAAAAUAAACAAAAUCUUAUAUAACCACAUAAAGUCUGUGUCAGUA